CCCCCGGCGCAUCAUCGCCUCUCGUCUCACCAGGUCCUCUGCCUCGCCAUCGCCCCGCCCGUGUAUUUUCAUCUACGCCGUCCUUGUCCAGUAUUCUGUGUUAUAUUGCUUCCGCAACCAACCUUGUCUACACCCUCGGGACAUAACCUCGGGACGGAAUGGCCAAUGCAGGCCACAGUCCAACGGCGGCGUCAGCUAUAGAUGACAGUUGGGAGGGUGACCGAAUGUUCAACAUAUAUAUUCAUGAUUAUUGUGUCAAGCACGGCUACAUCGACACCGCGCAAGCGUUGAUGCGAGAAGCGGGCAUCCAGGAUGCAGCAACACCCCCCAUUAAUGCCAAACAAGGCCUGUUGUUCGAGUGGUGGAAUGUCUUCUGGGUCCUAUUCACCGCGAAGAGCCAAAUAUCAAAUCACAAUCAAGGCUCCGAGGACGCUCUCAUUUAUUUGCAGCACCAAUCAACGAGGACACAGCAGCCAACCCGGCUACCAGCACAACCUCCUCCGAAUCGAUACCCCAAUGGUGUGGCGCGCUCAGGGGCUCACAUGAACGGCACUAUGCCCAAUGGUGUCGGUGCCAAUGGUGUCGCCAGUGGGGCGCCUCCUACUAUGCCCAAUGGCACGGCUGGGCCGCCCUUCGCAAACGCGCAAGCAAAUGGAAUUCCUGGUACUGCUGCUGGGGCAAACGGUGUACCGACGUCGCAGCCGCCGAAUGUGCAAAUGAUGCCUGGGGGACAAAGAAUGAACCCUGGUGCACCCGGGCAGCAGCCCAAUCCUGCUCCUGGUAUGCCAGGCGGGCAGCAGUCUUUGACUCAGAUGGGCCGCAGUAUGCUACCUCCUAACGGGCCGCCGGGGAUCGGCCCAUCCCACACUCCUCAGCCUGGCUCACAGCAACUAGGCCGGUCACCAAGUCAGCCUGCUUCUCCUGCGCCGAACGGCGUCAUGCCCUCCCCGAGUCCAUCGAUGUCGGCGAGGCAGCCUCCGGGCAUGCAGUACGGUCCGCAAAUGCAGGACAACCCGUUGAAUGACUUCCUGCGCAUGCCUCCGGAUGCCCAGCAGAGGUUGAAGCAAGAGGCUAAGAUAGGUGACAAGGACUUGCCGUCGUUGACUCCUGAGGAGAAGCAACGCCUGAGUAACUUGGUGAGGCAGAAGAGGAAUAUGAUCCCUAAGCCGCCUGGUGCCCCUCCAACAAACGCCACUGCAGGUCCGUCCAACCCGCACAUGCAACCACCUCAUCAGCGUCCGGGACAGCAACCGUCUGCGCCGCAGAUGUCGGGGCAGCCGCCUCUCAAUCAGCGUGGCAACAAGCGUAACAGCACUUCGCCCGGCCAAGAGGCGGAGCAGUUGCCCAAGAAUGAGUCCUCGCCACCUGAUCGGAAGCGACCUCGUCGAACCCCAGCUCCUGAGCAGCAACAGCAGCACACACCGCAACAGCAGCACGCCCCGCAGCAGCAGCACGCCCCGCAACAGCAGCACGCCCCGCAACAGCACAACCCGCAACAGCAGCCCCAGCAACCCCCGAUGCAGCCCGGCGGGGCACCGUUCCAGCACCCACUUCAGCAGGGAGCCCCUGGCGGCCCUCAGAUGCCUAACGGUUUGCGAGCCCCGAUGAUGUCUGCGUUCCCCGGUCAACAAGCGAUGCACCAGAUGGGUCAAGCCCCAGGCAUGCAGAUGCCGAUGGGCGCGAACAUGGGUGGCCCGCACAUGGUCAACGUGAUGAGUCCGGGCAUGAUGAACCACCCUCCACCGAACGGCAUGCCCAUGAACCAGUUGAGCCAACAGAUGUCACAGAUGCAACGGGAGCAAAUAUACAGAGCGCAGAUGCAGCAGCUCCACAAGAACGGUCUGCCCCCCCAAGGCCCUAUGGGCAAUAUCCUCCCGCAGGGCGGGGUGGGCUCGCCGUCGAACCCGGACGGCCAGUUUGCAGGCGGGCCUCCGGGGCCUGGAGGCCAGAACAGGAUGGGUCAGGGCAAGGGCAUGCCGGGGAUGAUGCCCCCGCCGUCGCCGGGCAUGAACGCAGCGAAGAUCAUGGGAGGACAGAACAAGGACCCCAAUAGCGGCGAAUCGUCGGCCCCGAACGCAUCCCCGCAAAACGCCGCAGCUGGUGUCCCUCAGGGCCCCCCAGGCGCCUCCACCGCCCCGCCCACGCCGAGCGCAGGCGGUAUGACCGCGCCCUCGCCGCAGGGUAUGCUCAGUAACAACGGUACGCCAGCCAUGGCGCCGAGCCACCCGCCCGUGCAGCCACCGAUGUCGCUGAGUUCAGACCAGUCCAUCAUCUCACCCGACUUCCUGCAGUCCGUCGCGUCCUUGGACUCCUUCCCCGACUCGCUCUUCGGCGGGCGUGAUCAGGGUCUGGCCAUGGGCAUGGACUUUGAGCGCGACUUCGACGAGUGGUUCAACCCUGAUAUCAACACUGGUGGGCUCAGCUUUUAGUCGUGACUCUUCUGUGCGCGCAUUUGACCGGACCCCCCUUGUUGCUUG